CUUGUUGCAGAAUGCUUGGAAUAGUUUUGAUAGAUUUUUAUCCAAAAUGUGAAAAACAGAUAUAGAAAGGUUGCAGUAUAACACAAAGUAACAGUCCAGUGAAAAUCUCACUUUUAAAAAGUUCAUAUUUUUACAGAUACCGAAGAUGUUGACUCGCCCUAUACUUGUAUUUGUUGCCAAAGCAUUAUUCGGAGAAAAACACUUAAACCUCAAACUUGUAUCUCAUGCGGACCGUUUAAAAAAUGCUUGCCAUUUCCUCAUCGAACAUGUUAUCUCCUUGAGGAUGAGCUGGCCAAUCAACGAGCUACUUGUGUGAAUCUUUUUUAAUUACCGGUAUACGCCCACACCAUUCCAGCACAGAAAAGCUUCCUUUUAGCAAAUAUGAUUACAAUUUCUUGGAAGGAUAACUAUUUCACUGUUAUUGUAAGUAAUUAUAGAUCAUAUUUCAUAUAAAUCUGGAAACACUGGGUAGUUUAAGUGUCUUGCUGAAGGACACAUCGGCAGAUUUUUCACCUUGUUGUUUAGGGGAUUCGAACUACCGACCUAUUGGUUACCAGCCCAAUGCUCAAACCGCUAGAGUACCUCGGGUAUGGUCUGUGCACUGCCAGGUUACCAGCAUUGGGUUGCUUUCUGUCAACCCAGUCAGUAUUCUGUGUCUCUGAGACAACUCUUAAAUCUUAAUUUAAAAAGUAACAGUUUGGGAGAAGGGUUAACUGUUUUCCCUUUUAUCUCUAUGGGGGUUUUCUAUUAGGAGAAUGUGUUUCUUGUUAAAAGGCUGAAUAGCACUAAAGGAAGUAAGCAAAGGCAAUAUGUGUAAUCCUGGGAUUAAGUGGAUUUAUUGGUGUAAUCCUAUAAUGGCCCGUAGUAAUAUGGUCCGAUAAUGGCAUAUAGCAAUCUUAUAAUUGCCUAUAGUAAUCUGUACUUAUUCGUUUUUGGAAAUUAUGUAUAGGCGCGACACCAAUAUAAUUGAUCCAAGGAACUAGAGGGAGGGGAAACUCACGCUGGUAUAAAGGAUUUGGAGAUAGACAGACAUAAGAAUACAUAAUUGGGGUUUAAUACACCCAAAACAAACACAAAAACACUGGGAUGUACCCAAACAAAAGAGCGAGGGUAAACCUUGUUGAACGACACGGGACGAUAGACAUGUGAACAAUGACGGAGGGAACAGAGGGCACAUGUGGAUGAUACAAAUCAGGGGAAAUGGGAACCAGGUGUGUGUCAUCAGACAAGACAGUCCCGGGGUUGACGAUGAUGAGUCCUGUUCAGUGAAGCAUAGAAAGCCGGUGACGUAGACCUCCAGAACUGGUGGGCAGAAUGUGCAGCAGUACCGGGGGGAUCCGUGACAGAAACCCCACCUAGAGGGAAGAACUUAGAUUUGGAAACAAUGGUGGAGUAAAGCUGAGGGGAUAUGGUUAUUAGCAUAACGUGGAGGGACUAUGAAACUUGUAUAAAAGGAGUGGACUGAGACUGAGUCCGGCAGUUUCUCCAUGAACCAACUCGGUUUGUUACUUUGUAAUAAAGUCUAUUUGAAUUCACAGUAUCUGAGAUGUUAUGUAACCAAUGUUUCCUACUUCCACGACAUCUCUCACCCUCCCACUUUAUAUCUCCCUCCGCUCCCACUUUCUCUUCCCCUCUCUCUCUCAGAUGAGUACAAAGGUCAAGUCUACUUUGCCGCUAUCUCGGUUCUGGAGCAUCUGGCCAGGAAACCCACAAACACCCAAUAUCCCAUCAUCGGUAUGUGCCUGGUGACAUUGUGUGUGUGUCCAGAGGGGAGGGAUACUUUCUACCUUUGUCACAGUUGUGAGGAGAAGUGUGGCCCAGGACAGAUCAUAGACCACCUCCUCUCCGCUGACCACCUCUCCAACUACUAUAGCUACACAGACCCUGAUGUGUUGAGUUUCUCCUGGAUGCCUAACAUGGAUAUGUUGAACCUCAUACGGCCGCUAGCUGUCAAAGAGAUGGACAAGAAUGGACCUGGAGUGCUACGGGUGCUGGACAUGCCUAAGAGUGUGUUUGUGAAGUUGAAGAGAAGUGGCUACUCUAAAGUCAUGCAGGCCCUGACUCAGACUGACAGGCUGGCUGAGUGUAUCAGAGCUGACAGACCAGAGAGGAUGACUAUACAAGAGUACCACAGAGACCCCAACAGGAAACACCCUCUGCUGGGUCUACAGCACCUGGUGGAGUACUGCUGUGAAGGGCAUGGCCAAAGGAGAUCCUACCUCUGUCAGCUCUGUCGCCUCCCCGUCCCCUCACGGAGGGUCAUCCAACACACACUCAGCUUCGACCACCUCUACUGGUACUUCAAGGUGUGUCACCCCUCCACCCUCCUGAUGAAGGACUGUUAUAAAGAGUACAGCUGCAGGUUCAUCUCCAUGAUCCUGGACCUGGCCAAUCAGGCGCAAGACAUCAGUCAGUCAGCCAAUAAGGAGAUACAGCAAGUUGUGUUGGAACCAGCAGUGUUCUCCUCAGUUGAGUUUUCUGUCUACACAGAGGCUCUGAGGAAGUUGCAGACCAUUAGAAGAGAUCAUGAGGGCAGCCUUAAGACCAGCAUUACACCUGGAGACAAACUGGUUCCUUUCUCAGAAGGGUCAUUGAUUACCAAAGAUGUUACCAUGAAUUCCGUUGCUGAGGCUGUUCCUAUGGAGACCAAGUCAAGCCCAGAGAAGACCUAUGUCACACCUACAGCUGUUGAGACUGUAGCUACAGCAAGUACUGCUCCAGUUGUUACCACAGCUACUAGCCAGAGAGGGACCUGUCGACUGCACUGUCAGGACUGCAACGUGGUAUGUGAGUCUGUGUCGCAGUACAAGUUACAUGUGCGUCACUGGGAACACAAGAAGAUGCUAGGAGAUAUCUUUGGACCAGGGGACGAGGACAGUAAAGCCUGCAUCCCAUCGUUUACCUUGUAUGAGUACCUCCGGAACCCAGAAAGAACCGAACCAAUUAUUGGUGUCUAUCUGUUGGUGAUGUGUGUGAGUACUGAGUGUUGGAAAAUGCCCUUCUACCUGUGUCACACCUGUCAGGAGAUAAUCCCCGCCAAUCUCGUCAUGACUCACCUCACCUCCACACUCCACCUUCGAAGCACUCUGAUGUACCAGAGUCCGCAGUGUCUGCCAUUCGGGUGGGGGACAGAGAUGGGCCUGGAGGUCCUGAAGACUCUGGCCUGGGAGGAGGAGAGAGACCGAGGACAGAGAGAAAAUGUACUGAAGGUGUUUGAUAUUCCUGACAGUGUUUUCCACAGCAUUAAGAUGUCCUACUCCUCUGCCAUGAAGAGACUCAAGACCUUCCAUCGUUAUCUAAAAGUUGACAGGCCGCUGACGUUUUCCGCCCAUCUGAAAAACAAAGACCGGAGGAUUCCUUUGCUGGGUCUGCAGUUCCUGGUUCAGUACAGCGUUACUAGGGCCGGGGCCUCGUCUCCAGGCUGGGGUUUCCUGUGUUUGCUGUGUGAGAGGAAGUUGUCAGAUGGACUCAGCAUCGCUCACAUACACAGCUAUGAACACGUCACCACGUUCCUGGAGCGUGCCCAUCCAGGCUCUGUGAAAGAGGUAAAGGAGUCUGAUGAGAGGAGGAGCGAAAUACUGCUGGACCUGGCACAACAGGCUGAGAAAAUACAUGCCAUGGGGCGUCUACAGUUCAUGAUGUUGCAACGCUACAUCAGGGAGUCAGUCAGCUACGAGAGAGCCUUAGUGAUCUUGAAGGCGAUCAAGAAGAGAUUGAACAUGGGAGAACUGAUGCCCCUGCUAUCACCUGGCAAGAAACUGGUUCCCACCAGUUCGAUCAGAGACCAGAGCCAGACUACCCCAGAACCUGCCCCUGCAUCUGUAGGAGAGGAGAAACAGACGAGGAAAGAGACUGACAAUGAGACCGAGAUGGACAGGGAGGACACCCCAGAAACCAUUCAAAUGACUCAGGAGACUGGGGUGGAAGUGGACAAACGCAUUGGCAAAGAAACCUGCAGUGAUCCCUGUAAAGGCACUGGCAGAGAGACCAGUAAAGACACUGGCAGAGAGACCAGUAAAGACACUGGCAGAGAGACCAGUAAAGACACUGGCAGAGAGACCAGUAAAGACACUGGCAGAGAGACCAGUAAAGACACUGGCAGAGAGACCAGUAAAGACACUGGCAGAGAGACCAGUAAAGACACUGGCAGAGAGACCAGUAAAGACACUGGCAGAGAGACCAGUAAAGACACUGGCAGAGAGACCAGUAAAGACACAAUAACUAAAGCUAGUCAAGAAACCAGAAAGGACAGCAGGAGCAGAGGGAAAGAUGAGGCAGAAAAGAUAAUCAAGGCGAAAGAGAUGGAGAGAAAUGUUGAGAAAGAGACUGACAAAAAAGAGACCAGUACAGAGACUGUCAAAAAGUUAGGGAGUAAGACUAGAAACAUGACAGUCCAAGAGACUGGGAAAACGACCAGUACAGAGACUGUUAAGAAGACUGAGAGAGAGACCUGUAGAGCUGUUAGUAUAGUGGCCAGUAGAGCCAGCAAUAGAGAGACUAAAAGAAAGCAUGCUAAAAAGCCAGAGACUUGUAAAACACCUGAAAAGAAGACCUAUACUCAGACUGUGAAAGAAAAAACUAAAGUGACUCCUCCCCCCGUCUCCCUUCCAACCACUGAUCUGUGGGAUUUCCUGAAGAAGCAGAACCGAGAGGCUGUGAUUGGUCUGAGUGCACUCAUCGAGUGCCACAGUCACGGCCAGCCCCCCCUCUACCUCUGCCAGGUGUGUGGGUGUAAAGUCUUCCAGAACUGCAUCAUCGUCCAUGUAACCACAGACUGCCACCGACUUUCCUACCUGAGGUCGCUGAAGACAGUGAUUGUCCCCAAAGGGAACCAGCUCCAUAGGAAGUUGAGGAGAGCUGCCUUGAAGCUGGAGAAGACCAUGGGAUAUGGAGAGGCUGAGGUAAUGGAGUUGGAUGCACACACAUACAAUUUUGUUGCAGAAAGAUCCUUUCCCAUUGGCCUGAACAUUGUAAUGAAGGUCAUAAAUGGUGACCCUUCACCUGACCCCCGACUGUUGGUCAGCCCUGACCCCUCACCCAAGGUCAGCCCUGACCCCUCACCCCAGGUGUCAGAGGUCAGGAACCCCACCAUGACCUCUACAGCUCUGUUGUCCUACCUGAAUGCCUCCACCAGGACACAGCCUGUCAUCGGUGUCAGUAUGUUGACAGAGUUGCCAGACAGACAUGGUGACUACUUCCUCUGCCGCUGCUGUUCUCACAGGAUGUUUACUUCAUCCCUCAUUGGACACCUAAUCUCUGCUCGACACCGCUACCACUACAUAAAACUAGUGUACCCAGAGAUGGCUGCCGAUUGGCCAGUUAGCCCAGAGCUGACGGUGAAGGCGGGGCCUCUUCAUGAGGAGCUGAGAGUGAGAGCUGCAGAACUGGAGGCACAGGAGGGACUAGGACAGCCCACGGUGGUAAAGAGAGAACCUGUUGCUGGAGACACAACCACUACCAAUACUGAAGGGACUGCCCAGCAGAGCCAGAACAGCUCACCUCCUCUCACUGUGAAAGAGGAACCGGUUGACUCCACAGUACCGUCCCAGCCCCCUAGAGGAGAGAAGAGGAACAAGAGGAGGAGCAACCCUGUGGUUGGUGUGAACUUCCUGGUCCAGGUGUCCCACAGGAGAAGGAAACAGUACUACUGUCAGCUAUGUUCUGUCAGGAUGAAACACGCUAUUGCUGAUCACAUGACCAGCCUCAGCCACCGACACAACUAUGUGAGGUUGAAGUACCCUGGUUGGACCUCCAGCCCGGUAGAGAUGGAGAAGAAGCUGUUCAAAAUGGCCGUUCACCUGGAGAAGGUCGACAGAGACGCAGGAAUGGGCAUGCAGAAGGUAGAAGUGGAAGCUGAUGAGUACAAAGAGCUGUUGUCCUUUCCUGUGGAGGAAGCUGUCAGUAAACUGCAAGCCAUCAUUAGACGGCAACAAGAGCCAUGCGAUCUAAGACACACAGCUCCCUCGACCAAUCACAACCCAGAGGAUCUGAGACAGACAGCUCCCUUGUCCAAUUCCGAUGCAGCCCAAGGUCUAGCUCAAGGUAUGUGUGGGGCAGAGUCACGUGAGACCGAGGGAGUGUGUCCUCUCCCUGUCAGUCUAUCAGAGGAGGAGAAUGACCAGACGCCCCAGAGGCUCCUGGUUCAGAUCUCAGUGUUUUUGGGAGAAGACCAGGAACCCCUACAAGUACCUUCCCCAUUCCUCCAGGAUCAGCCAUCCCUUACUUCCAUCCCUCUCCCCCUCUCUUCCUCAAUCCCCCUUUCUACCUCUCUUUCCACAGUUGUCCUAUCUACCUCACCCUCCCUCUCUUCCUCCAUACCAUCCCACACGCCCUCUUUGUCCACAGAGAAUACGACACACUCCUCCCCUGUCUCUGUCCCUGUUCCUGCACCUCUCUCAGCUCUGAGGAGCUCAACACAUUUGAAGGACUGGGAGACUUCCCUGAGUCCAGAGUGGUGGGAGAGGAAGAGCCCAGAAUGCAGAGAGACACAGAUGCUUCUAGAAAUACCAGACAGACACACUCUUCUGGAAUACUCGGACAGAGACAGACAGGCUCAUCUGGAAUACUCUGAGAGAGUCAGACGGACAGACUACUCCGAGCGAGACAGACAGGCGGACUACUCCGAGCGAGACAGACAGGCGGACUACUCCGAGCGAGACAGACAGGCGGACUACUCCGAGCGAGACAGACAGGCGGACUACUCCGAGCGAGACAGACAGGCGGACUACUCCGAGCGAGACAGGCAGGCGGACUACUCCGAGCGAGACAGGCAGGCGGACUACUCCGAGCGAGACAGGCAGGCGGACUACUCCGAGCGAGACAGACAGGCGGACUACUCCGAGCGAGACAGACAGGCGGACUACUCCGAGCGAGACAGACAGGCGGACUACUCCGAGCGAGACAGACAGGCGGACUACUCCGAGCGAGACAGACAGGCGGACUACUCCGAGCGAGACAGACAGGCGGACUACUCCGAGCGAGACAGACAGGCGGACUACUCCGAGCGAGACAGACAGGCGGACUACUCCGAGCGAGACAGACAGGCGGACUACUCCGAGCGAGACAGACAGGCGGACUACUCCGAGCGAGACAGACAGGCGGACUACUCCGAGCGAGACAGACAGGCGGACUACUCCGAGCGAGACAGACAGGCGGACUACUCCGAGCGAGACAGACAGGCGGACUACUCCGAGCGAGACAGACAGGCGGACUACUCCGAGCGAGACAGACAGGCGGACUACUCCGAGCGAGACAGACAGGCGGACUACUCCGAGCGAGACAGACAGGCGGACUACUCCGAGCGAGACAGACAGGCGGACUACUCCGAGCGAGACAGACAGGCGGACUACUCCGAGCGAGACAGACAGGCGGACUACUCCGAGCGAGACAGACAGGCGGACUACUCCGAGCGAGGCAGACAGGCGGACUACUCCGAGCGAGGCAGACAGGCGGACUACUCCGAGAGAGGCAGACAGGCGGACUACUUAAGGGGAAACAGACAGACGGAAUACCUGGCAUCUCAGAGCUUACAUCAGACUACAGAGCACUGGGUGACAGGGCAAGUGACCUCCAUGGACACAAUGCUGUACAGUACUCCAACAGAACCGGACGAAGACCAAGAACACACACAUCAUCACAGUGAACACGCACAUCAGCAGGGUGAACACGCACACUUUGAGCAGGCCCCAGCAAGCUGGCUCAGUGUUCCACAGGUGUAUCUGCUGCCGGACACACCCGCAGCAAAGAGGGUUGUCGGCCCCAGCCACCUGUCCAAGUACCUGAAAGUGAAGGGCCUUCACAACACAGAACCGAUCAUAGGUCUGGGCAGUGUGGUGGAGUGUAGAGGUAUAUCCCAGGCUACGUUUUUCAUAUGUGUGAGCUGUGCUGAGACUCUCUCCAGUACACACAUCUGUGAACACAUCAUCAGUGCGCAACACCAGCAGUGCUACAUGUUUUCCCAGUAUAGUCCUAUGCGCUGUGAUUGGUUGAGAGAGCAGCAGCAGCCUCCGAGUCCACAGCUCCUCAGGAAGGUCGCUUCAGCACUGUCACAACUGGAGGUGGAUCUAGAUGCACAGGUGAUGCUGCUGGAUCAGAUGUGGUAUAACCUUGUGCAGUCAGCUCCAUUCUACGAAGCCAUGAACAUGCUGCAGGAACAGAAUCAGAAUGCCCUGUGUCUACACACAGCAAGCAGACACCAGCUUUAUCCUCCACUUGGUCCUGACCCAGCAACGGAGCAGGGCUUUGACCAGAACCACAGAGUGAUGGAUAAACUGACCAUGGAUCAGAUUGAGCCCCAUCAACCCCUGCAGACAGCAGAUACAGUGGCUGGUAAACUGACUGGAGAUCAGCUGGAGUCAGGCCAGUGCAUACAGACCGCAGACAGAUGGCCAGAUAAUCAGAACCCGGAUCAGCCCCAGUUGAGCCAGAGCUCAGAGAGAACAGAGCCAAUCAGAGACCAGACACCACAGAAUCAUAAUUCUGAGCCAAUCAGAGACCAGACACCACAGAACAUUGAGCCAAUCAGAGCCCAGAUGCCAAAGAAUUCUGACCCAAUAAAAUCCCAGACACCACAGAACACUGAGCCAAAAAGAGCCUGGAUGCCACAGAACUCCUCAGAACCACAUCUGAACCAAGACAACACAGUCAUUAUCAAACAGGAGCCUGUGGACCCCAAGAUGGAACCUCAGACCCAUCCUCAGACCCAGCCUGAGGUGGACCCCUUAAAGGAUUCCCUGUAUGGACACAGAGUCCAGUUCUCCCCAGAUGUACAGAACCUGGCUGGUGUGUGUGAGGUGGAGUACCAGGGUACCGUCCUAGGACACAGCCAAGAGGUGACACGUAUAGGAGGGGCCACAGAGAACUCCCUUCACUCCACCAAGAACCUGAGAGACUCCGUCAACAACAGCCUGCCUCUGGUCGGUCUCAGUGCAGUGAUAGAGUGUUGCAGUGAGGGCCAGGUCUCCUUCUACCUGUGUGUGUCGUGUGGCAGCAAAAUUGAAAAAACUCUACUCAUCAGCCACGUCCUCAAAUACAGACACCGACAGAUAUACCUGACAAUGAGGUACCCGUGGUAUUUCCUUGGUGUGGUACCAGCCCGAGGGUUGGCAGAACAGUCCAGACUGAUGCAGAUUGCUAAGGAGGUGGAGGAGCAGAACCAUGAUGAGCCUGGCACGCUACAGGAGGUGAUUCUGGCCCCUGCUGACUUUGACCAGAUCAAACGGAUGCUGUUUGAUAAAGCUGUAUCCCGUUUGCAGGAGAUCUGUAGAGAGCAGAACCAGACUGAACUCCUCACCAUGGUCACCAGCAAACCUGAACCAAUAGUGGUCAAGCAGGAGAUUGUGGAGUGCCAGGUGGUCUCCCAUCAGGCCUUGGGGCAAUUCCUACCGACACAGAGAUGUAGGAGAAACACUGGAAAGCGUUGUUCUAACGUUGAGGGGUCAGAGGUGAGGGGUCAGCAGCAGUUGAAGAAGAGAAAGGUGUCUAGCCCCCCUGAGGGUCACACUGCCCCUGUCAUCUGUUUGUCAUCUCCUGAAGUCACCAAGUCUUCUGACACACACACUGUCAACCAGACACACACCAUCACACCCUCACCCACACAAUCCAACACAAAGCCAAAACUCACACCCUCAUGCACACACUCUGACUCUCAAACUAAACUUAAACCUUCACGCACACACCCCAAACCCAAUUCAACCGCCCCAGAAUAUACUAGACCCAAACUCAUUCCUCAUUCUGCCACCAAGCCCUCCGGUAUCCCUGCCGACAGCCUGACUGUUGCCAAAGAGUCCUCUAGCAAGAAACCCACUCACACACUGUGCAAACCCACACACACACUAUCCAAUCCCCCAAAAACACUCUUCACCAGUAGCCAGAAGCUCACUGACAAACAUUCGGACAAGAAUGAGUCUCAGAAACAUACUGAAAAGGCUAAACCUACUCGCACACAAAGUGAACGCACGCACAGAAACCGCACACACACUCGCAAACACAGUGACCUCACAUGCACUGACAAAGCCAAAGACAGACACAGUGACAGGACCAAACGCAGACACAGUGACCGCAAACACACUAACAGACAUUCUGACCACUCACGCUCUCACACCCUCUCUAAGAGACAUAAUCAUAGCUCCAGCCGUUCCUCCAAAGCCUCCCCCAUAGCUAGUCCCUCUGAGCCCCCCCUGCUCUCCCCCUACUCCCCCGCUGCAUUCUCCCCCACCAGAGCCACUUCUGCAGCGAGCCUAAGCCAGGUCAAACCCAGCCAACCAUCCUGCCUACUCAACAAACAAUUACCCAAACAGUCCAGCCAACCAACCAACAGACCCCCCAACCCAACCUCAGCAGUCAGACCUCUCCAGACCCAGGCCAACCCUCCCAACAACACCUCUUACCCCCACCUGCACCCAGCAAGAACGGGACCCAGUACCCCCCCACCCGGACCCAUGACCCCCCAACCCCCGGCCAUCCCUCCCUGCCUCACUCCUCCACCCCAGCCAGAUCCUGUCUACUCCUCUGGGGUUAAGAAGAAGACUUCCAUUGUAGACUGUGAUCAAUUUGUGGAAUACUUUGUCUCUUUGUUGCGCUCCCCCCACUUUCCUCCUGCCCUAACCACCCCAGAGAGGGCAGAGAGCGCUGAGGCUCAUACCAGGGCAACAGGCCCUAACCCUGGAGGGGAGGAGAUGAGGGGUGACUCAAAAGGUCAUGCCAUCGCCAUAGUGGCGGCAUUACCCAACCUGCUAAAAAGGAAGCUAUCCCUACAGGAACCCGAGGACAGAGACCCCUGGAACUACGAGAGCCGACAGUUCACCCCCAACUCCAAACCUAACCCCAACUUCCAGAACCCUAACUCCAAACCUAACCCCGACUUCCAGAACCCUAACCCCAACUUCCAGAACCGUAACUCUAACCCCAACUUCCAGAACCGUAACUCGAACCCCAACUUCCAGAACCCUAACUCGAACCCCAACUUCCAGAACCCUAACUCGAACCACAACUUCCAGAACCCUAACUCGAACCCCAACUUCCAGAACCCUAACUCGAACCCCAACUUCCAGAACCCUAACUCCAACUCUAACCCCAACUUCCAGAGUUCUACCCCCACUGCUAAUGCUACACUAGUCCAGGGGGGUUACACUGGAGGGGUUACAGUUUCCUCUAGCCCUAACCCCACUGACCCACAGCCUCCAGAGAUUCUACCUGGUUCCACCUACCCUGGUUACACCUACCCUGGUUACACCUACCCUGGUUACACCUACCCUGGUUACACCUACCCUGGUUCAGGUUACGCUGGAGUUGUCAGUGUUAGUCAGUUCAACUCCCCCAUUAACCCUAUCCCCAGCCCCAGUAACACACAGCCACAGGCAAUGUGGUCUGGGGGCAACUGGGGAACAGGCUACCCAGAGGCAGGCUACCCAGGGGCAGGCUAUGUUACAACGGGUCAGGCUGGUACUUCCUACCCUGGAGCUGUCUCUUCUGGAAGUGGAGCAGGCUACCCUGGAGUUCUGCUCUACCCAGAGAUGGGCUACUCAGACAUGGACUGCCGUGGACAGGCUUACCCUAGGUCUGGGACUGGACUCGGCUCUGCUGGGACUGUUAUGCCCCCAGGAAGCCUCUACUCUACCACAUCAUCUCCAGCCAACCCCAGCUAUUUGGCCUUGACCCAGCCAUCACUUGAUCCAGCCAGCUACUCCGCCUGGACUGCUACUGUCACCGGGGUUGCCAUUGAAACCAGCACAGCAGAGUAUCUGCCACGCCCUCAGUGAGGACCACGCCGGCCUAGAUUUACUUAACGUGAAGCACUGACUGCUGGACAAUCGCUGGACUUGGAGGAGACGCACACACAUAUACACAUACACACACACACACACAAAGAUUGAUAAAGUAACAUUUUGUUACCGAAUGUCAGUUUUAAAAUGAACGAUUCUUGGUUUUCCUCUAUUUUGUAUUACUUAAAGGUAACCCUCUUGCCAGAGCUUGGUGGCUCAGCAUAAGUAGUUACAGCCCUGUGGGAGGGGCCUACUCUUGUCAGAACAAACUCCCAUCCAAUCACUUGAAAGCUGUUUAAUUUCCAUGACUACUUAUUGUGGCAUAAGAGGAGCAAACAAUAUUUUUUUAUGUUUACUACUAUUUUUUUACAUUUACUUUUUUAAAGAUACAAGACAGUAUAUUUUAAUGGCAAACCAAGCGAAUGUUAUACUCAAGCAAUGUUCACCAUUUAAAUAAGGCAUAAAAGAUUCAGUUGAUGUUUUCUUGAAUGUGGAUUAUUAUGUUUAAUGUGAAUAUUAUUUUUGUAUCUUAUACGUUGGUAAUCAUUUACACUCGUACCUGCAUACAGGUUAAAAAUGGCAGAUUUGGGGCACUAAUAAGCUCCUAAAUUGGAAUGUAGUGGCUGUUCAGUAACAUGCUAUACAUGACGUCAGAGCUCUGGCUGUGUGCCUCCCAGCUCUGUAUGGGUUUUGACUGACAGCCGUUCUGAACUUGAGCACCGUGCGCAACAAGAAGUUGCCCCCAUCUCUCCCGGUAACUGGCCAACUUUUGAUAUGUUUUUGUUGUCUGAGUGAGCGAAAUGCUAUAAAUUGAGAUUACUUGUAUUUUGAAAGAUGAGAAUUUGAGGAUUAUAAUAAAUACCGCUUUGAUGUCAUAUAAGCAAGAUAAACACCUAUGAGUCCAAAUGUGCACUUCACAUUCCCGAAUCAUAAAACUCAUGUUUACUACAGUACCGCCAUGUUUUAUGUAGUUACAAGAUGACAUGGCAUCAUACCCUGGGUUGUUCUGAACAGAGUGAGCCUAUGUUUCUUUAUUGUGACGAAAACUAGAGGUUCCACACGCACCGAAUACACUCAUGACUCCUUUCUAUGGCCCCAACAUGACCAUCUGUUUCUCUGAACUGCCUUGUGAAAGCAUAACACAAUAAGAUUGUAUUUUAUGACUCAUUUUGGCAUUAGAACAAGAAUAGAAUAGAAUAGCAAUAGAACAAGCUUUCAAAUCAUGCCCACCCUACCCACAUUGUGAUUUAUAAUGGACUGUUUUUGGGUUGCGUAAACAACAGCAGUAAUUCUGUGAUGGCGGGAAUGCAGGGUUGUGUUCCAAAUGAAACAAGUGUGCUUGCUCUAGUUCCUCAACGGCACAGCUAGGAGAGAUCAAAAAAUACUUUCUAGUUGAAGACUCUUUGAGUCAUAGAAGUGCAUUGAAAUUAUUUAGGAACUGUGCACACUUUGGAGAGGCGUGUGGCCACUUGGAGACACCAGUUAGUCCUCUCACUCAAACUCUUGUCAUUUUUUUGUUUUAUGUUGCACCUUUUCCAGCAAUAGUCUUGUCAUGUUACUGAAUAUAUCCAGAGUGUCAACAAAUGCUGCGGAAAAUACAGUAAAUGUCAAAUGCACAUUUAA